AUGAAAUUGGUAGUAAAAAUUGUGAAGAAGAUUGGAGCCCAAGCGUUACAAAGAAGAUUAUUCAAAACCUUGGCCGAUGAAAUUUACUAUCAAUACGGGGAACUACUUCUUCACUCUGAAGUCCGAUGGUUAAGUAGGGAACGAGUACUGGAACAUUUUGAUGAUAUAUCUGAAAUAGUUCAAUUUUUCAAACAACGAGAUGAACCGAUUCCGGAACUGGAAAAUUCAAUCUGGCCUAGAGAUUUUGGUUUUCGUGUGGAUAUUACAGACCAAUCAAAUGAACUUAAUUUGCAGCUUCAGGUGAGAGACAAAGAACUAGCAGAAAUGAUUUCUGAUAUAAAAGCUUUCAUCAAAAAGCUUGAGUUUUGGGAACAAAACUUAACCGAUGAAAAUACCAGGCAUUUUCUUGUUCUUUCAGAAAAGAUAUUCAAAGUCCAUUAG